AAUUUUAAAUAUGAUAUGAAAAUCAAAAGGUUGUUUUUGGGCCGUCACGUGCCAAAAGCACCAUCGGCCCAACUCCAUGCAUGGAAAUUAGAAAGUACCGUUGACAAUUUGUAAUUUUUAAUUGUAAAAAGAAGUGGGAAACAGCUUCUGACAAGAUUCAAAGCAAGAACAACCAAAUUCACCUUCUGAUUUCCUGUUUUUCAGUUCCAUUACUCCCAACAUUUUCUCAAACAAAACCAAACCCAAACGCAAAUCCAAACUCAAAAGCUGUCUUCUUUGUUCUUUUACUUGACUAGGCUAAAAAUGCCCAACCUCAAAACCCAGCAGCUCCUUGUCCCCUUCCUCAUCUUCUUAGCAACAGCAACUUUCCCCAGCGACAUCAAAGCAUCAACCGACACCAACGGAGUCUACCUACCAUGUUCAGACACCAAGGUUAAAAUCUCGGAUGGGUUCACUUUUGGCAUAGCAUUUGCUUCCAGAGAUUCUUUCUUCUUCAACCUGUCUCACCAACUAUCCCCCUGUGACCGCCGCCUUUCUCUUUCUUCUUUGAACUCUCAACUCGCUGUCUUUAGGCCUAAACUCGAUGAGAUCUCCCUCCUUACUAUCAAUACUUCCAGUUUCUUCCCGGAUACUUAUGGUGGGUAUAUGGUGGCAUUUGCUGGUCGAAAAUAUGCUGCAAGGUCUGUCCCUGCAUUUGUUGCAAACAGCACAUACACUGUAAAUAGUUUUACUCUGGUGCUUGAGUUUCAGAAGGGUAGGCUACAGAACUUAUACUGGAAGAGAGAUGGAUGUGCUUCAUGCGCAGGCAAAUCCAAUUUUGUUUGUCUCAACAAACAAGAUUGUGCUAUCAAAAUAUCAGACUGCAAAAACCGAGGGGGUUCUGUAGAUUGUAGCAUUGGGAUACAGCUUGCUUUUUCUGGCACAGACAAGCAUCUUGCUGUUCUCAACUCAUGGUAUGAAGUAGAAAAUCUCAGGCAAUAUUCGCUCUACAGUUUGUAUUCAAAUCUUCGGGAUUCGCUUACCAGCCAAUACAACAAGUUCUUUUAACUACUCGUGACAUGAAGAAUUGCACAUGAUGACGUAUUAUCUCCAUUUGUAAUGAUGUUUUAUGUUUGUCGCGUUCAAAUCUUAUUUUAAUCUCCCUCUUUGAAGAUUUCCCUAUCGGAAUUUCUGUCUUUUGGCUGAUUUUUUCUGAACUCAAGGUUCUCUGUUCUUGCUCGUUUUAAAUGCAUAGUUCUUCUUACUCUAUUUACUCUAUAUUUAGUCAUUUGUGCUUAAAUGAAUAAGCUGAAUGAUGAACCCAGUCUUUAAAACUGAGGAAAACACUUUGCUUUAACUUUGCAAUGAUUGUUUGAUGGAAAGCAGAGUAGUUGACUAACCAAGUUAUUCCUGAAGCUUUGAGAACCAAAAGGCUAAAACUUUGGUUGGCGCAAACGACGAAUCAAGGUUCAUGGUAGUCUCAAUUUGUGUUCAUUUUACACAAGAUGCAGCAGAAUUUAAACUCAAUAGUGGUCGUUCUUUGCUUCUUUCAAGUUCUAACUACAAUGGUCUAGCUUAACAAAACUAGACAGAUAUCAAAUUCUUUCCCUGGAGAAAGAAUCUUAUUUUGAAUGAUACAGUCACACAGAUACACAUGCUUCUCGCACACAAUCUUAUUUUUAAUUAUCUU